AUGUCGUAUGCCGAGGUCAUGAUUGCGCGUUUCAAGUCACCUUCUAUCGCCUUCCGCAUUGCGAGAACACCCCGACCAUAUAUGCAUUAUGUUUCAAUGCUGUUCCCUCCCAACGGCUUAUACUCCGCCAAACAAAGGACGCCGCCGUCGAAACCCACGCCAAUCAAGUUUCCCGUUCUCCAGCCGCCCGAGCCGUCAAACUCCAAACCGCCAGAUUCAUGGACCCAGCCAGGUGUCAGCAUCUCUCGGCACUUUCUACGCUUGAGAAAGCCAUCUGAUGUCGAUAAAGACACAUUGGCAUUACUCAAUGUCACGUUUCAGCCCGAAUGCGAUAUCGAAACCUUGUUAUCGUCGUUGCCACACGGCAAAGAUGCGUUUCUGCCCCCAACGUCUUGGUUAGAGUCCCCUGAAACUGUGCCCGGUCCUCCAGAGUCCAUGGCUACGCUUCUAUGCAAUGGGAGAAAGUUACCCGAUCAAAGAGAAUUCCAUGCUCGCGCAAGAGAAUUGCUGUUUACGAAUACCGAUGCAUUUACCUCACUUACACGUAAAAGCAAUACAGGCCAAACGCCGCUCCGGCUGGCACACUUUCGAAAAUUCUGGGAAGGCCUGGAUAACUUGGCGUAUUAUUGGGACACUUCUUUAGAUGAAUAUCUUCCACCCGUCCCAGAGGCUGCCAAUGAAUGUGAGGAAACAUCUUCAAGGUCCUUGCCUGAUCCCACCCAAGACCAGGGCCAGGAAGCUGAACGAGAUACCGGUGACGAGCCCCGCAAAAAGGCCAAAACCGCAGAGACUGCCAAAGAAGAAACCUCAGUUCAGGCCCAAAACAUUAAUGGCCCCAGUAAUACAUCACCAAAUGCAGACAAGCUGCCGACUGUCCAGAGUCGGGUGAUUCCGGCUAGGGCUGCACCACCCAAGACCCCCUGGGCUGCAAACAUGGAGUCUCAGGGUAAGCCACUUGAUCUUUCAAACGGCUCUUACCGUGGAUACCGGAUCGGCAAUGGUGCUGAAAUGCCCGACCAGUAUCGUAUCGACUGCGUGCGGGCUUUCGUGGAGCCCAUUGCGUGGGCGUUUGGUGUAACAUUGUCACCACAUCGCCGACCUCCCGUCCUUACUAUCGAGCGGGUUCGGUUUCCUGGCUGCAUGGAAGGCCCAGUACUGGGUGUACAGUGCAGAGCAGACGUCAACUUUGGGGCAACGGGAAGGCUAGACGCCCAGUCUACGCUUGAUGCUGUGCGAGAACUGGGUGGGCUGUUGUUACUGGCACAAGAAAGAGCUAGAGAAGGAAAGACAGAACGAAGAGGUGGCGAAGGCAAAUGGUGGACAGCAAAAGAGCGUUGGGGUGGAGGCCCCGGUGGGGAAGUCGGUGAAGCUACUGGGGCCACGGAGCUAGCAAAGGAAGUAGCAUCCAAAUUAGAAGAGAAGCCUGUUGAGAGAAACCGAGACGGAUCUAAAGCUCGUCGCAGGCCAACACCAUCUGAAGUCUGGAAGACGCUUCGGCCGGGCAACCCACUUUGGGACCCAAAGGUUACAUACGAAGCUGUCGGGAAAGAUAGAAGUGUUGCGUGGGACAACGUCUUCAUGGUCUCGUCAUUGAACCACCACAUUAGCCUGUUAAAACUCUGCAUACAUCCGGCCUAUCUGGACUACAUCACCGAAGGAAAACUCCCUGAACAUAGCCCAUCAGACCCUGACUGGUGCUCCCCGAAGCUAUCGAGAACGAGAUGGUUUGACUUAUUCAACGUCGACGACCGUGUCGAAGCUAUGAGAGGACUGUGGGGCAUCAUAUCUUAUCUCAUGCGUGCGGAUGACAAGGGUCAUAAAGACACUGCAAUGAACGAAUGAUGAAAGAGCAUUUUCGUUUUGCUUUCUUCCACUCGGAGGCGGCCAGUCAGGGCUACAGUGCGGUUUCAAAGGACAUCAACCUCGAACACUGCAUUUCAGAGACCACUUCGGAUUGUCGGGCUUGUCAGGCCAUCAGAGCUGGACUACAAUUUGAUGAUAAUCGAAACCCGGCCACUUCCACUCGCCAAACUAUCCCAUUUGUCAAUACCUAUGAUUCAUGUAUAUGCGACGCUGGGCUAGAAUUAUCAGGACUAAACAGUUCCAUGUCACGUUCGUUUCGAAGACGAAUGCCGGGCUGCGCCCGCAUUGACUAACCCGAACAGAACUUUAUCUGCGACUACGACUCCGCAAGAAUUCCUUUAUUUAGCGUAGGUCGAUUUACCUCAUGUACGUAUAUGUGCACCAACACACACAGGAUAUUGCGCGACAAUGCAAACGUUUU